AUGAAAAAGUUUGCUUCAGGCAUCACGGCUGCAGUAAACUCCCCUAUUCCAACAAGCCUGUCAGGCGAGUGUAAGAAAGCAACAAAGAUUUUAAACAGCUUUAUUGAUCCUGGUCAAGGACUGGAUAAAAUGAUUCCUGACAAGAUUUUAGAAAAAGCCCAUGGACUAGCCAUCUACACAGUCAUUAAAGCAGGAUUCCUGUUUUCAGGUCGUGUGGGUAGUGGUAUAGUAGUCGCUAGAUUGCCGGACGGAGGGUGGUCUGCGCCUUCAGCUAUUGCCACUGGCGGUAUAGGCGCAGGUGGACAAAUUGGGGCUGAGCUUACAGAUUUUGUACUCGUGCUGAAUACACAGGAAGCCGUAAAGACAUUCAGUCAGGUGGGCAAUGUUACCCUGGGUGGCAAUGUGUCAGUCGCUGCUGGUCCAGUGGGUAGAAAUGCAGAGGCAUCUGGAAGUGCCAAUUUAAAACAUAUUGCUGCUGUGUAUUCUUAUAGUAGAACGAGGGGACUCUUUGCCGGCGUUUCUCUGGAAGGGUCAGUGGUCGUUUCUCGAGGAGACGCGAAUGAAAAGUUUUAUGGACAAAAGGUGUCUGCUAAAGAGUUAUUGACUGGCGUCAUUCCUCCGCCACCCGAAGCUGAUAGUCUCUAUAGGGCGCUCAACGCUAAAUUUCAUAGUUUAGGAUCGCAAACGUAUUCACGUGCUGGUGAGGGUGAUAGUAGGAGUCUAGCAUCAUCAGUAGGUCGUCAUACGAGCUCAUUUAAAAGCGCUAAUAUCUCUGCUCCGGGAACAUUAAGGCAACCUCCGCCACCUCGAUCGAGCGGCGGUUUACCCGCAUCUUCUCAUCUACCUCCACCCACUUAUCAAGCAAAUAUUCCGCCAGCUUAUACCAGUAGUAUGGGUGCAGCCAAUAGUAUAGCAUCACAAGCAGCUGCCAAAAGAGCCCCUCCUCCUCCUCCUCCUCCAUCGCGGAAGCCUACCAUACCCAAACCGACAAUGGCUAAAGCAUUGUAUGCAUUUGAUGGGCAAGAGCAGGGUGAUCUAAGUUUUAAGGAAGGAGAUAUGAUAACUAUUGUACAAAAAUCAGAAAGUCAAGAUGACUGGUGGACAGGCAAAUGCAACGGCAAACAAGGAAUGUUCCCUGCAAAUUACGUCGAACUCUUCUAA